AUGAAAGCCGAAAUGCAGCCGGCAGAAGGGGCAACACCCGAGCCACUGCGGUGGGCCUUGCACGGCGGGCCAGGCACAGGCAAAUCGCACACAUUGAAACUCAUACGAGAAGAGCUGUUCGAGCAGAUCGCUGGGUGGACGCGUGGGUCUCAGUACCAGAUUGUGACGUUGCAAGCGGUCAUGGCAAAUGAUUUGGACGGCGACACCAUUCACCAUGCACUGGGGCUAAAUUGGCAGAGUGCGUCAGACGACAAAAUCAGUGGGAGCAAAUUCUUGGACUUGAGUGCCAAGGCCGUGCAAUGGCGUUGGCUAAUAAUAGACGAAAUCAGCAUGGUCAGCGCAGAGCUUUUAGCCAGGUUGGAUUUGCGAUGCCGGGAGCUGGUGCGAGACCUCGCACAGAGCAAGUAUGCACGAGGAAGCGCUCACGCUCGGCCCUUCGGGGGGUUGAAUGUGAUUUUGUCCGGGGACCUCUGGCAGUUGCCGCCCCCACGCGGAACAUUCUUGGGAGAGGUGCCCUGGGAAAUGCUAACGAGUGGGAAAAGCAGAAAAGUAGCGCAUACCGUGCAUGGGCAGGAACUGGUAUGGGGAUCGGUAGGGGAGAAGAGUGUGGUCCAAGGCUUGACCGAACUCGUGCAAUGCGAACGAACGCGGGAUGUAUGGUUGCAACAUGUACAGAAAGAAAUCCGGGACGGCAGACUCGCUGCGGACAGCCAUGCAUUCUUGCACGGCCAGGAUACAUCAGUCCCAGGGAGUUGGUCUGGCGAAGCUUUAGAGUGUGGGAAUGCAACGUGCAGGAAGCUAAUGCAGGGCAAAUACACGCCCGCACACAUCCGGCUGCAUGAAUGCCCCAGGUGCAAGGAAGAACGAGCGUCCAAGAAACGCGUGGUAGAUACCGCGGGGCACAUGGUCGAAGUGGAGAAAAGGGACCGAGCCAAAGCAAUUUUUGCGACGAACGCAGUGAAGUACCAUGUGAACAAGUUGCGAGCGCAAGAUUGGGCACAGAGGCAGGGUCAAGAAGUGCAGUAUGCCAUCGCAAAAGAUACUAUCUCCAGUCGUGCAUUGCAAGAAAAACCGGAUCUGGGGAGGGAGAAAUUAACGUGGCUGCAGCGACAUGACCAAGACUGCGGAGGGUUAUAUGGGGUCUUGCCCUUGUGCGUGGGCAUGCCAGUGACGGCAACAGACCACCUGGACCGGCGCAGAGGCAUACUGAAGGGAUGUCCAGGCAAGGUGGUCGGGUGGAGCUGGCGAAAAGAGCAGGAGAUAGCGCAAGACCAAAAGACACACAUUUGGAACCAGCCCCCAACCUGUAUUUUCGUCCAAUUCACAACGAAAACGCAGUGGCGAGUCCAAGGCCUGGACAAGGACAACGUCUUUCCUGUGACGCUUCAACGGCAACCAUGGCACAUAGACAAAGGCAGGAGCCGGCCAAUGCUACGUGUCGUCCGGCGGCAAUUUCCGCUGGCCCCAGGCUUUGCAACGACUGCCCACGCCGCACAGGGGCAAACCUACGCAGAGGGUGCAAUAACAGACAUGCAACUCGGCGAAGGCGGAGACCCCAUGACAGCGUACAUUGCGGUGACACGGGUGAGAGAUAGAGAGGGUUUAUACAUCUACAGACCCUUUGAUGCCUCGCCAUACCAGAAAGGAUGUAGCGUGGGGAGGGCUCUGUUGUUGCAGACCUGGCGUGGGGACUGCAUCGAUUGGGCAACCUUACGCACGCGCUACCGAGAAGAAGCAGCGUGCAGCGAGUGCCGCGAACGCAAGCCCAAAAGCGGGUACACUGCAGGGCAGUGGAAACGGGAAGCAGCCGCGCGGGUGUGCAGAGAAUGCGUGCGUAACCAUGCGGCAAACAACACGCCGUGGCAAUGCAGCGUAUGCAAAGCAUGGCAGGACGAGGCGGCCUUUGCAAAGCAAUACGCGCGCCCACCGUGCACUUUCUACCGCGUGUGCCACACGUGCGAAGUGCAGAAGCCGUGCUGCAAGUGCGGCGUGGCAAAGCCGGCGAGCGCGUUUGGAGCUUCUGCGUGGAAGGCGCGACAUGCAGACCGACGUUGUUGCAAGGACUGCGCAGUGAAAGUGACAGGUCACUGGCGCUGCGGAGUGUGCAGUGAGCAAAAAGCACGCGAGCACUUCAGCGCGUGGACACGGCAAAGCACGAGGCAAAAUGGAAAGCAGCGUUGCAAUCCGUGCGUCCAGGCAACGGAAAUACGGGCGGCUGCAAAGAAGGCAAAGGGCAGACUAUACAAGCUGCGAGUGCAGGACAAGAGACAGCAGGUAAUCAGGUGCAGUCGGGCAGAGAGCCCGGACAGCGUACGGCCGUUGCUGCGAAGAAGCGUGUGUCGACAAGCGAUACGCCGUGCGACUGCCUGGCAGACGAAGGCACCUGUGAGAAGCACCGUGCGCACAGGGGAAAUAGAGCACCGCCGUGCAUGCGGGAAUCGUUUUCGUGUCAAAGACGGACACGUUGACGAGCCGGCGCAGCCGACGCCCAGGAAGACGCAGCCCCGCGCACAGACAACGCAAGCAGCGCAGGCAGCAAGACCGCAACAAGAGACGCAGGCCACGGCGAGAGCCGCGAAGGAGACAAACGCAGCGCCGGCAAAGGCCGAACUGGAGAGCAAGAACUGCUUGUCCUUUGACAUUUCGAAGUCUCCGGAGCAUGGCCGGUCACCGGCAAAGGUGGUGCCUUGGUCCAUGAAGAUUCCGUUCGAGAGAGCGGGAUCGUAG